AUGACAGCCUGGACAAUGUUUAGUUGGAGGAGACUAUAUAGCGGUAGAGGCACGGAAAACGGAGAGGAAACUCACGUAGAGAUCCCGGCAGACAGCAGGCAGCUAGUGUACAACGUCUACGUUUACUUCAACCGGCGACCUGGUAGAAGCGCCAAAACUUCGUUAACGAAAACAGCACGAGCCACAAUGUUACCGAGAGAUAUUGUUGCCGAUAUCAUCAGGGACAGAUAUAGAAGU